UUACGCACAUCCUGCCAAUGCAUCCGUGUACCAAUCAAUCAGCGAACACUGUUAUCUGUCCCUGAUUUGAGGCUAUAUUUCUCACACCAAAGUUGCGGUAUAAAAAGAGCAGAUCUGCUUGUUGUGCACCAGAAGGAUCACACUUGUUGUGCACAUACAGUCUUCACAGACAUGUCAGGGAAAAUUAUUGUGGUGUUUGCACUGUUGGUUGCACUGCUAGUAUCCUCAGCAGCUGGAGAGGCUGAAGAGACUCAUCUACUACAGCAGCUUCUAGCCAAGAGGGAGAAAGUGAGAGGCUCAGCGGACAGACAGAAGCUGGCGCCUAAGGCUUCCCCUCCACGGAUGGAGAGACGGGCACACCUAUCGGAGGAUGAAAGGGAGAUUAUGACAAAGCAAAUAAUGCAAGCAAUUUCAGGAAUGAUGAACUCUGAGUGCAUGUCGGAUCGGGACUACCAAGGCUGGGUGGACUUCGGACGGCGGGACGCAGAAUGAGACACGACCAUGCCAACAACGCCCCGAGAGCUCAGACUUACGGCUUUUUGUUCGCAUUUUAUAUAAAGUCAAUGUUUCACUUUCACUCCAACUUUAUCAAUAAAAC